AUGGCCGGCAGAUUCGAGCCCAAGGUGCCAGUCACCCUUGCCCCUCCCAAGGAUGACCCGAUCACCCUGGAGGAGCUUGCCGCGGCAAAUGGAGUUGAUGGUGGAAAGUGCUACGUCGCCAUCAAGGGCAAAGUCUACGACGUGACCGGAAAUAAGGCAUACCAGCAAGGGGGUUCUUACAAUGUCUUCGCCGGAAAGGAUGCUUCUCGCGCCCUGGGGAAGACUUCGACCAAAAUUGAGGAUGUCAGGCCCGAGUGGCAUGACCUGGACGACAAGGAGAAGUCGACGCUAGAUGACUGGAACACGUACUUUUCGAAGCGCUACAACGUUGUGGGCUACGUCGUUGGAGCAACUAACAAAGAGUGA